CCCCCGCCCUGUAUCCCAACAGCAUCCAGAAUCCCUCAUCCCACUCUUCUGCCACCCCCCCAUUCUGAUCCUCUGCCAUGCUCCCACCUUGCUGCCUCAACAAUACCUCCCCAUAGCUCCUCUUUCCCCAUCUGCCCAGGCCCCACCACCUCCCCAGGGACCCCCCCUCACCCUCUGCCAUGCACCCCAUCCCACCCCUCACCCUACCCAUUCACCACACCCUACUGGCAGCCCCCCACCCCACAGUAGUACCUCUGCAGAUCCUUCUGGAACCUCAUGCUCUGUGGUGGGGAGGAUGGGGAUGGGAGAUCUACCCCCCAACCCCAAAUACCCUGAAACUGGCAGACUUCUGUUGUCUGUAGUGGUGCAGGUGGUGGGAGCCAUGGACUCCGCUGGCUCCUUCGAGGGCGGGGCAUGACCCUGGCCUAGAGUCCACUUCAUGCUCAUACAAAGUGGAUGGGGGAAUAUCUGCAUCACUAGUGCUGUGGCAGGGUGCUGUGUUUUGCCCCAGGGGAUGGUCCACAUGGAAGUAUGCUUCUGCUCUGGGGUCUGUACUGCUCUGUUAUAGUACUGAUGAGCCUCCAGCAAAAGGCCUACCUCAUGAGAUCCAUUCUGGAUGUGAAUUUUGUAGGAAUCUCAGAAUUUGUGGACUCUACGUUGCCCUCGGUGUAUGACCUCCCAUUUAUUUCUCUUGCCCAUACAUGUCUGUGAUAGACGUAUAGGUUUAUGAAGAGAAAAUCUCUUUGCUGCUGCUUUUGCAGGUGAAUACAGCUAUCUUCACCCCACUGGGCUCUGUUCCAUCCCUCUGCUUUAGACCCAAAGGGCUGAUUCUAAGGUGACUUUGGAAUUGGUAAACACAAGCACCUGCCUACCAGACACAUGAACUGGGACACACAACUCAACUCCAUACUGACUGCAACUGACAGCAACGUGGCUAAAAUAAAGCAGCGUCUGAGCACGACAAGCAUCUCUUCCAAAGUGGAUUUGCUGCUUGACAGAAUUAACACUGAGAACGUAGCAUUUGAUGAGUCUCUGGCUGGAUCUCGGCAGCUGUGUCCUACCUGCCCAAAUCUUCCACACUGUAAGAUGGCAACAGAGGAGCUUUCAGCCAUCAGCAGUCAACUGCUUUCUCAAGCUAAGGUCAUUGAGUCCCUCACCCAGUCUGUAAACCGACUGAAGCAGGAGAAGGAGCUCCAGCAGCAGCGGAUCCAUAAUUUGGAAGAGGAGGUUAGUCAAUUGCAGAACAGCCCUCACAGUGGCUUGGAGUCCCUGCUGGGGCGGAGAAUGGAAGGGAUGAAGAGCGAGCUUCGUAACCUGCGACAGCAAGUGUUUCACCAGCCAGAUGGAGAUUGCACUCCAGAUCUGUAUCCCAGCACCAGCGUCAUGCAGGAGAUGCACGAGAGGAAAAGGCUCCUGUGGCGAGAAUAUGAAUGUGUGAGGAGAGAGGUGGAGCAACUGAAGCACAAGCUUAACCGACAGGGGGAGGAUUUAUUCAAUCAGAUGUCUGAAACUGAUGAAAUGAAGAGAACUCAAAGUCGAUAUUGCAAGCUGCUGGAAGAUUUGAUGAACAGUCACAAAGCCCAGUCUGAUGACUUGGACAAAACCAGGCUGGAGGCACGGAGCACCCAGCAGGAGCUUGGCCGCAUCAAAUCCACAGUCACUGACCUGAAAGAUCAAAUGAAAAACCUGCCCUUGGAGAAGCCAUACACUAAGCCCAUAGGAAAGGAAAGUGCUCAUGGGAGCUCCAAAGACAUCUCAAGCCUGGAGCUGGAGGAAAACUCCACCAGGGAGGAGGCUGGAAGCAUCUCAGAGGAGGAGAAGGACCUCAGCAGUGACCUGUCUGACAGUCUGCCAGAACUUAAUUUGAGUGAUCUUUAAUGCACAGCCACAGAAAGGCCCCUUCUGUCACAUAAGAAAACAAAUUAAAGAUGGAGAGGGAAUUGGCAUCUCAAAAUGGACAGGUUCCUUGUCCGAACUGUCAGCCACUUAGGUGGUUGGGGAUGGAGGGUGUUGCAGCGUCUCAAAGUGAUCCCCUUGCUGGGAAACGGGCUGCUACCGGGCCGUACUCUCCAGAGGAAACCUAUUGGGUUGUAAGGUUUGUUCUUUGUUAGCUACAAUGCUGGGCAUGUUUAUGGAGACGUGUUCUGCCCUCUCUGUGUGGGUGGGGAACAGUGCCCUAGUCGGUCAGAUAAGGGCCAAGAAGCCUCUAAGACUAAGUGGCAGCUGAGUUUGCCAAGUGCUGGUAAAUCCCUUCCCACUCAGGCAACUGAAAUGGCUUAAAAGGCUCCAUUCCUGGAACAGUGUUUUCAUGUCAAUCAUAAAGGGAAAUUUGCUUUAAUGCAGGAGAAAACGGCUGAAAUGGAGAGAGGCUACAGCC